AUGGCAAGGCAUAAAAAAACGGAAAACUAUAACAAACACGAAACCAGAUAUUUUAAGGAAAGAAAUUUGCAAGGGAACCAGAUAAAGAUGUCUGUUCAGUCCAACGAAAGCGAGGUUAUCUUAACUCAUCCAGAUGAUUCAAGCUGCUCUACCACAAUUUUAAAAUACGGUGCCACUGUUAUAAGUUGGAAAUUAAAAGGUGACGAGCAGUUGUGGCUUUCUAGUGGUGCCAAAUUGGAUGGAUCAAAACCCGUCAGGGGUGGUAUUCCAUUAGUUUUCCCAGUUUUCGGUAAAAACGCUUCUGAUGAGCUAUUGAGCAAAUUACCGCAACAUGGUUUAGCAAGGAAUUCCACUUGGGAAUUUUUAGGUCAGACCAAGAGUAAUCCACCAACAGUUCAAUUCGCACUGUAUCCAGAGAUCGCUAACCAAGAAAUGACUGCAUUAUGGCCAGUUGACUUUUCCCUUAUUUUGACGGUUGAACUGGGCCUGGAGCACUUAAAGACAUCUAUUGAAGUUAAUAAUCCAUCAAAGACUGACUCAUUGAAGUUCAAUUGGUUGUUUCACAGCUAUUUUAGAAUCGAAGAUGUUGAAGGUGCCUUUGUUUCAAACCUUGUAGGCAUGAAAGUUUACGAUCAGUUAUUAAAGGAAACUUAUGUCGAUAAACAUCCUGUUAUUACUAUUCACGAGGAGAAAGACCUUAUUUACCAGAAUGUCGAUGAUGAUCGUAUCAUUCAGAUCGUCAACAAAGGCGUAGCUCUGCAUACCAUAAAGCGAAUUAAUUUGCCAGAUGCCGUUGUCUGGAAUCCAUGGAUUGAAAAAUCAAAAUCGAUGGGAGAUUUUGAACCUAAGUCAGGUUAUCAGCAUAUGAUUUGCGUGGAGCCGGGUCACGUACACGAUUUCAUUACUCUUGAACCAGGUCAGUCGUGGAAAGCGGCACAGUUGUUAGACAAAACUUCCAUAGCUUUCCAACGUGUCGAAUUGUGA